AGACAUUUUCGAAGUAAAAUCAAAUUUGUUGGGUUGGAAUUUAUUUCAGUUCAAAUUUAUAUAUGUAGCGCUUUUCACAAUUGUUCAUUGCUACAAUGGAAUAGAAACAAUAAAAAUGACAGAAAAAACAAGAAAUAAAAGCAUGGCAAUUGUAGAAUAUAAUGGCUCAACCCAAAACUUUUGAGUCAACCUGACCUAAAAUCACCAGCAAGCACAAAGAAACACAUUUGUCUCUCUGCUUCAACUAAUACCUCCAAGCCAAUCAACCCAAUAUCUCAAGGUUGUUCUUUAACGUAUGCUGGGUUGUUUUAACCCUUUGCUGGGUUCGAAAUAAACAUUUUCUGGGUUAAUGUAACCCAUCGGCUGGUUUUGCCACAAUGAUAGCCCAGCAUUUUAAGAGUUUAUCAACAGUAGGCUUUGUAAAAUUUGUAUUAAUUUUGUUUAAUGCAUUAACAUUCAUGGUUUUACAUGUGCCAUGCAAUAUGGUGCCACCUGACCUGGGAAUGUGUGAGCAUGCCUUUGUUGUUUUUACCUUUACACAGUAACCACGCCCCUUCCGUAUAAACCUACAUAAAGCUUGCGGUUGCCCCGCCCCUUGUCAGUCUAGCAGUGAGAUGUAUGGCACGAUGGACCGCUGCGUCUGACACCCAAAGAUUCAAGCGAAUGGACUUAUUUUUCAUGCCAUUUACGCACCGAACUCGUUGUUUUACUCGUUGAAAAUGCCUUUCCCACCGAUAAACCUUCACUCACGGAUAUCCUCGCCAAGAAAGGAGCUAUUCAGGAAAAAGAAGAGCAGAGAUAACGUCGCGCCUCCUCAGAGGACGGGAGACGACAGGGAGUCGGAACAGAAUAAACUGGAAUCACCGUGGCCAUCGGCACAUUUAAAACAGCACGGACGACAUAAGUCGACCCGAAUCCCUCCCGAUCCCGAGACGGACAGCAAACAUACGUGGUUGAGCGUUCCCAAACCAGUGGCUACCUCAUGCGAAAGCGUCCCGCGAUCCAGUUCUGGCGAAUCAAGCCAUAAAUAUUCCUCCAGGACGUCUUUAGCGAAAGAAGAAGGCGAACAAGAGAUCCACUUCUCCCUCAGCCUGACGCCCGAAGCCAUCCUGGUCAUCCAGAAGCGCAACCUGGAGAAGCAGAUGAUGGCCAAGCAACAGAAGUGCUGCGCGUCCGCGGACCUGAGACACCGCCGGGUUUUUCCGUCCAGAAGGGCUCAAAGCAGCUCGAAUAAUAAAAGCACCGGGCCUGUUGCCAAACUGGAAGGUGCCAACGAUAUCAGCACCAUUGUGAAGAUCUCUCUCCUCAAUGAUCAGCAUAAAUACGAUGAUGUGGAGUACGAGGAGGAGGAUGGAGACGUGGACGAGACCGUCAUGAGGAAAUGUAAAGAGUGGCUGAAAGGCGUAGAAAGCGCUGCUGCGUUUGGGAAAGUUGAUAAAUUGUCGUCGUUGCCUCAUCUGAAAAGUUGAUAACCUUCUGGAGUGCUUCUUUCUUCAAGGUCCACUGUGAAGACUUCAGUCCAGAUGUUAUAUCUCAACACAAAGUCACCUUUAAAAAACAAUGACCUCCAAUGCGGCGUUCGCAAAGAACGCGUGCCAAAACGCGCCGGUAUCGAUGCGCGUUUGGAUAAAGAUGAACUGAUUUAACUUGAAACGCCGUCUUAUAAGGGUACUUUAAAUGUUUUUUUUUCGGGUGUAUGGUUUCAUAAAGAAUCUUUGACAUCCACAGAACCGUUUAGUUGUAAAAAGGUUCUUGUAGUGGAUAAAGGUUCUUAAUAAAAAGGUAAGAAGUGAUUUUUUCUAAGGGACCCCUUUAGCGUAUUUAUAAUCAAGUGCGCAUCUAAACGCAAGAAUGUGCCCACAUGCGUCAGCUUUCUUAUGGACUGCAAUGUUUUAGUUGAUCACUCAGAGAAAUUUUGCAGGAUACCUUUACACAUGGACAGAAAUGGUAGAGUUUUGCACAUUGCUAUUGUUUUCAUUCUUAAAGACCUGGACUGAAUGGGAAAGGAGUCGCUUCAAACUGUGGAGAAAUAACGGAUUGGGGGAAUGGAAACAGUCUUUAUUUUGUGCCAGAAAACAAUUAGCUAUUUAAGACGAGUUUGUCUUAUUGACACUUCAUUUUUUUACUAAAUGAAAGUGCGUAUUAUGGACUUAAGGGCAUGUUUGAUUAAACCAUCUGUACAGUAUUUAUUUGGAAAUGUUGAGGUGUGUUUAUAUGCUGUGUGUUGUUUCAAGUCAUUUUUAAGGGUUAUGAUAAUAAAAUCGAAAAUGAC